AUGGCUCCUUCUUUCCAUCACUUCGUUUUCCUCUCCAUUCUAGUCUCCAUCUCACUAACCAAUGGAACACAGCUUAUAAUAGUGAACAACUGCAAAGAGAGUGUGUGGCCUGGAAUUCUUGGCAAUGCAGGGCUCCCUUCUCCGAAAGACGGCGGUUUUCACCUCGCGAGCGGCGAAGAGGUUGUUCUCCAAGUCCCUGAGGGCUGGGCAGGGAGAAUCUGGGGCAGACAAGGGUGCUGCUUUGAUGAACAAACAGGAAAAGGCUCUUGCCAAACAGGAGAUUGUGGAGGCCUCUUGAAAUGCAGGGGAAUUGGUGGAGUCCCCCCUGCUACCCUUGUGGAAAUGACCCUUGGAACUUCUCAGUCACCGUUGCAUUUCUAUGAUGUUAGCUUGGUUGAAGGGUUUAACCUUCCGGUGUCCAUGAGGCCUGUUGGCGGCGGUGGCGGGUGCGGUGUUGCGGCGUGUGAGGAAGACUUGAAUGUUUGUUGCCCUGCUUCACUGAUUGUGGAGAGGCAGGGGAAGGUGGUGGGGUGCAAGAGUGCUUGUUUAGCUGCAAGAUCAGAUAGGUAUUGCUGCACUGGGGAGUUUGCUAACCCAAAAACCUGCAAGCCAACAGUGUUUUCUCGUCUCUUCAAGACUGUUUGCCCUCAUGCUUAUAGCUACCCUUAUGAUGAUGCAGCAGGGCUUAAGACUUGUAACAAGGCAUCUCGUUAUGUCAUCACAUUUUGCCCUCCACAAUGAUUUGUUAUGGGAAUGUGAUGAAGGUGUUUUCAGUUUCAUUGUUUUGAUGAUUCUCUUUUGUUUUAGU